AUGCAUUUCAUCGCCGUUCUCACCGCCAUCGCCUCACUGGCAGUCACCCACACCCUCGCCGCCCCCCUCGACCCCUCCAACCUGCUCAUCGCACGUGCAGAGCAAAACGCCGAAGCCGCCCAAAACUUCCAAGCCGCGCAAGACUUCGCCGCCAAAUAUGAAAAGGCAAGCACGGCGGACAAGGCCGCUUGGCCCUGGGGCGGCCCCUGGGGCGUCCCCUGGGGCUUCGGUGGCGGGGCUUAUUCCAACCCCGAUGGAUCCAAGUACGGCUAUGGCUCACAGAUCAGUGGCAAUGGCUUUACCUUCAAUAAUGGCGCCACCCAGUUUGGCUAUUCCAAAGACGGCUGGUUCCUCAAAACCCCUCAGGGAAACUACGAUUUGACCAGGGGCAUCCGACCUGAUGGGACUCAUUUCACGCCUUUGCAGGAUCCCUUUAGGUCUCCGUCCACGCCGAAUAAAUUCGGAUGGUGA